UGUUACUUAAUCUGUGGUGUCAUCUUCCAGCCGAGGUGACGCUCUUCUUUAUUAAUUUCAGUUUUCAUAUUUAAAUCGUAGUAAAAUAGAGCUUUCCAUUCCGUAGUACCGCCCAAUUCUAUAUUGUGAUAGUUAAUUAAUUUCACGAGUGAACGUGAUGACAUUCAUUACACUGCUGAAUUACUUUGACUAAACCUUCCAAUAAAAACUCAUUUGUGCAAUAUGUACGAAACCGAAGACGACCAGUAUGAGGAGGAAGAGGUCGAAGAAAUAUCAUCAGAACUCUGGCAGGAAGCUUGCUGGAUUGUUAUCAACGCAUACUUUGACGAGAAAGGUUUAGUAAGGCAACAACUUGACAGCUUCGAUGAGUUCAUACAGAUGUCCGUGCAACGCAUUGUGGAAGACUCUCCACCUAUCGAGCUACAAGCUGAAGCUCAGCAUUCAUCUGGUGAAAUCGAAUCGCCACCUAAAUAUAACUUGAAAUUUGAUCAAAUCUACCUAUCUAAACCAACUCAUUGGGAAAAAGACGGUGCCCCAUCUCCUAUGAUGCCUAACGAAGCGCGUCUACGCAAUUUGACGUAUUCAGCUCCGCUUUAUGUCGACAUAACAAAAACUAUUGUGAAAGAGAAUGAAGAUCCCAUUGAAACCCAACAUCAAAAAACAUUCAUUGGAAAAAUUCCCAUAAUGUUGAGAUCCACCUAUUGUCUGCUCAGCAAUUUGACAGAUCGUGAUUUAACGGAAUUAAACGAAUGUCCAUUAGAUCCUGGCGGUUAUUUCAUUAUAAACGGAUCUGAGAAGGUUUUGAUCGCUCAAGAGAAGAUGGCCACCAAUACAGUGUAUGUAUUCAGUAUGCAAGGUGGCAAAUAUGCUUACAAAACUGAAAUCCGAUCAUGUCUUGAACACAGCUCAAGACCUACUUCCACUUUAUGGGUCAACAUGAUGGCAAGGGGUGGACAAAGUAUUAAGAAGUCUGCAAUUGGUCAAAGAAUUGUUGCGAUUGUACCAUACAUAAAGCAAGAAAUACCUAUAAUGAUUGUGUUUAGAGCUCUGGGGUUUGUGGCUGAUAGAGAUAUUUUAGAACACAUCAUUUAUGAUUUUGAUGAUCCAGAAAUGAUGGAAAUGGUUAAGCCUUCAUUAGACGAGGCAUUUGUAAUACAAGAACAGGGUGUUGCACUCAGCUUUAUAGGUGCUAGAGGAGCACGUCCAGGUGUCACUAAAGAAAGGCGUAUUAAAUAUGCUAGAGAAAUUUUACAAAAAGAAAUGUUGCCACAUGUUGGAGUUUCUGACUUCUGUGAAACUAAAAAAGCUUAUUUUUUGGGUUACAUGGUACACAGACUUCUUCUAGCUGCAUUGGGUCGUCGUGAACUUGAUGACAGAGAUCACUAUGGUAAUAAAAGACUCGAUUUAGCCGGUCCCCUACUUGCAUUCCUGUUUAGAGGACUUUUUAAGAACUUGUUGAAGGAGGUGAGGAUGUAUGCACAGAAAUUCAUUGACAAAGGCAAGGACUUUAACCUCGAGUUGGCCAUAAAAACAAAGAUAAUAACUGAUGGACUAAGAUAUUCCUUGGCCACAGGUAAUUGGGGUGAUCAAAAGAAGGCUCACCAAGCUAGAGCUGGAGUAUCUCAGGUGUUAAAUAGAUUGACUUUUGCUUCCACAUUAUCUCACUUGAGACGUGUCAACUCACCAAUAGGUCGUGAUGGCAAGUUAGCCAAACCAAGACAGCUGCAUAACACUUUGUGGGGUAUGAUUUGUCCUGCUGAAACUCCUGAAGGUGCAGCUGUAGGCUUGGUGAAAAACUUAGCCCUCAUGGCUUAUAUUUCUGUUGGAAGUCAGCCAUCUCCAAUUUUGGAGUUCUUGGAGGAGUGGUCAAUGGAAAACUUGGAAGAAAUUGCACCAUCAGCUAUUGCAGAUGCAACAAAAAUAUUUGUAAAUGGUUGUUGGGUAGGUAUUCAUAGAGAUCCUGAACAACUUAUGGCUACAUUGCGUAAAUUGAGACGGCAAAUGGACAUUAUAGUUUCAGAAGUUAGUAUGAUAAGAGACAUCAGAGACAGAGAAAUAAGAAUUUAUACUGAUGCAGGCAGAAUCUGCAGGCCCCUUCUCAUUGUUGAAAAUGGGGCUUUGUUGUUGAAGAAAAAACACAUUGAUCAACUGAAGGAAAGAGAUUAUAAUAAUUAUGGAUGGCAGAAUUUAGUAGCCAGUGGUGUUGUUGAAUACAUUGACACUUUAGAAGAGGAGACCGUUAUGAUUGCCAUGAGUCCUGAUGAUUUGGCACAAGUAAAGGAAUAUGCCUACUGUACCACUUACACUCACUGUGAAAUUCAUCCUGCUAUGAUUUUGGGUGUUUGUGCAUCCAUUAUACCAUUCCCAGAUCACAACCAAAGCCCCAGAAAUACUUACCAAAGUGCUAUGGGUAAACAAGCCAUGGGUGUCUAUAUUACAAACUUCCAUGUUAGAAUGGACACACUUGCCCAUGUGCUCUAUUAUCCGCAUAAACCUUUGGUUACCACCAGAUCCAUGGAGUACUUGAGAUUCAGAGAAUUGCCUGCAGGAAUUAAUUCCAUUGUUGCUAUUUUAUGUUACACUGGCUAUAACCAAGAAGACAGUGUCAUUUUAAAUGCAUCAGCUGUAGAAAGAGGUUUCUUUAGAUCAGUGUUUUACCGUUCAUAUAAAGAUUCAGAAUCUAAAAGAAUUGGUGAUCAAGAAGAACAAUUCGAGAAGCCAACAAGACAAACCUGUCAAGGGAUGAGAAAUGCUCUUUAUGAUAAAUUGGAUGAUGAUGGCAUUAUUGCUCCUGGUAUAAGAGUUUCAGGGGAUGAUGUGGUUAUUGGUAAAACAAUGACAUUGCCUGAAAAUGAUGAUGAACUGGAAGGCACAACAAAACGCUACAGUAAACGAGACGCUUCAACAUUCUUACGUAACAGUGAAACUGGAAUUGUCGAUCAAGUGAUGUUAACAUUAAAUAGCGAAGGUUACAAAUUUUGCAAGAUUCGCGUGAGAUCAGUGCGUAUUCCACAAAUUGGCGACAAGUUUGCCUCCCGCCACGGACAAAAGGGUACUUGUGGAAUUCAAUACAGGCAAGAAGAUAUGCCAUUCACAUGUGAAGGCCUCACUCCUGAUAUUAUUAUCAAUCCACAUGCCAUUCCAUCUCGAAUGACGAUUGGUCACUUGAUCGAGUGUAUCCAAGGAAAGGUUUCUUCUAAUAAAGGAGAAAUUGGUGACGCUACACCAUUUAACGAUGCUGUAAAUGUGCAAAAAAUUUCAUCUUUACUUCAAGAGUACGGGUAUCAUUUGCGUGGAAAUGAAGUGAUGUACAAUGGUCACACUGGAAGAAAAAUAAAUGCUCAAGUGUUUUUGGGCCCGACCUAUUAUCAACGUUUAAAGCAUAUGGUGGAUGACAAAAUUCACUCUAGAGCAAGAGGGCCAGUCCAAAUUCUGGUGAGACAGCCCAUGGAAGGGAGAGCUCGUGACGGAGGAUUGCGGUUUGGCGAAAUGGAGCGCGACUGUCAAAUAGCCCAUGGAGCUGCUCAGUUUUUGAGAGAACGUCUGUUUGAGGUGUCUGAUCCUUACCGUAUACAUGUUUGUAAUUUCUGUGGCUUGAUAGCAAUAGCCAAUUUGCGAAACAAUACAUUUGAGUGCAAGGGCUGCAAGAACAAGACGCAAAUUUCGCAAGUGCGCCUCCCAUAUGCUGCGAAGUUACUGUUCCAAGAAUUAAUGUCCAUGAAUAUUGCUCCUAGACUUAUGGUGGUAAACUAAUUGUCUAUUGAUGAUUUUUUUUGAAUUAGCGUAAGGAUAUAAUUAAAAUAAAUACUUGCGAACAUUUAA